GAGCGGGACGAGCCGAGCCAGUCGGUAGCGGCGCGUCGUCCUGGGCGCGAGUCGCUAUGAUGAAUCGGUAUAGGCGGGAACCUGUGGUGAUGGAGACCACGACGACGGUGCUGGUGUCCCUUCUGCGCGUACUCGCCGUGUCGUUCGUGUUCGUGUGGCCGGUGUUGGGCGAGGAGACGACUAGUCUGACCAGCCGCAUGCGGGCGAUCAGCGAAGAUCUGGACCGGCAACUCAACGAGAUAAUGGCCUCGCAGGCGCUCAGCUAUUCGACGAUCAACACCGUCGGGCUGUCCUACAACGCCACCACCAAGUUCAAUCCGAAGGGCAUGGGCCAGCUGUACAACGUGACGAAUAUGUUCAUCGACCUGGUGCAGAGCAAGCAGGCAUAUCCGGAAGGUAUGAUCACCGUGGUCGACGGUGCACCGGUUUUGGCGGACCCUCUGAAGGAAUGGAAGAUAAUAGUGACGCAUUACGGCGGACUGGCCGGCCUCGCUAUGAUUGGACUCAUCCUGGCAGCUAUCCUUCCCUGCGCGGGUCUCUUUUUCUGCUGUUGCAGAUGCGCGGGGCAUUGCGGUGCUCGAAGCCAGCCCUUCGACAAAAAGCACGAUCACUGCAGAAAGAUUAUGCUCAGCAUCGUGCUGAUCGGGGUCGCCACUAUUAUUCUAUUCGGCGUGGUGUGUGCCUUCGUGACGAACGAGUACAUGCAGGAGGGAACCAAAGAGCUUCCGUGUAAAGCCAAGACUAGUCUAAAGGACGUUAAGCUCUACUUGACCACCACUAAGCAAGAGAUCGAUAAUUUGCUCAAAACCAACCCCGAAGAGCUUGAAGUUACGCUCAACAAUAUCCUGCAGGCCAGCGGUAAAAUUGUCACCGAACAACUUGCGGAGUACUCGCACGCCGUCUCCCUGACAAAUCUGAACGACAUAGUCGCUGGCUUGGAGUCGAUCAGAGAGGAUCUGAGAUUGAUGAAUAAAAUAACACAGGACUUGCGAAUAAACGCCAGUCAAUUAGACAUUGUUGUUCGUGGUGUCAAGAAAAAUCUUCUCCACACGCUAGCCGCGUGUACGACUGACAAGUGUCAACGGGUUCUACACGAUUACAAAGUGAAUCAAAUGUCUGUACAAGUGGACUUCGAUAAGUACAUGGAUCGUUACUUCCCAAAGCUUCUAGCAUCUCUGCCAGAUGUUACGUUCGCGUUGCACAACAUCACCGUGCUCAUGGAAAGUAAUAUAGUGUCGGAAGUGAGCCAAGGCAGGGAUUCGUUUUUGAAGAUUCAGAAGGACAUACAGCAUGCUGUAAAUCAGACGAUUCCUGUGGUCAGCGCGAGUAUCCGGCGGGCUUGCAACUUCCUGGCGGGUAUCGCCAAUAAUAUGACUGCCCUCAUCGACAGGCUAAAUGUUGACAUAGAUAAAGUUUAUAUACGACACUUAGAAGUUGCCCGGAGCAACAUAGAUCAGUAUUCGCCCUAUAGAUACUAUCUUGGUCUUGGUAUAUCCGGUAUUCUUCUGACUGUCUUGAUGUGUUUGACGUGUGGUCUUCUCUGUGGUAUUUGCGGAAAGCGUCCGGAUGGAUACGGAGAUGAUUGCUGUAAUAAGGGGUCAGGUGCACGAUUUCUUAUGAUGGCCGUCUGGAUUAUCUUUCUUUUAACGAGCGUUCUGAUGAUCAUAACCGUUGUUCAUAUGAUAACCGGCGUUAUGGCUCAACGUGGUGUCUGUGAGCCUUUAAAGAAUCCGAAAGAUAACAGGAUGUUCGAAUUGGUCGACGAGCUCGUACACAUCAAGAGAAUACUUUAUCCGAAAAAUCCUAAUGCGAAUAUUAACAUGAGUUACAUUGUCACCAAAUGCCAUCAGAACGAGACGCUUUACAACGUGCUGAAUCUGAAAAAUGUGUUCGACGUUGAGAGCUUGCGCGAUUACGGUGGCCGUUACGACAUCAAUGACACCAUCCAACAGCUGCGCCGUAAGAUCAGUCUCUCUCCCGGCGUAGUGAUCCUGAAAGACAGCGCGAGAUCCAAGUUGAAUGAUCUGGCACAAAGCGGUCUCAGUGACAUCAAGUUCUAUCAGUACGCCGAACUGCUCGCCGAGAACAUCACGAAUAUUAACUUGGAACAUCUUGCCAAACAGUUACGGGAGGUUUCCGCCAAAUUGCCGGAGGGACAGGAGGAAAUCAGGCUUAGUCUCGAGAAAAAUGCGCACGACUUGGAACAUUAUCACAGAGACUUGGUUAUGCCCAUGGCCAUGCUUAGCGAGCAAUUGAGCGCGAACGCGCUAACGCUUCAAGAAAACAUUAAGUUCAAUCAUACCUCGAUGGCAGACGCUAUUCAUGAUUUAGUGGAUGAAGUUACCAAGGCGCAGCAGUUCUUAAAUAAGGAUGGGCCGGAAUACGUUCAAUACCUCGCCACUAAAUUUGGUAACGCAUUUUUGCAUCAAGUGGACAAAUUCCUUGAGCACGUUAUCGAAUCAGCAAUCUUCAAGAUUGGAAGGUGUGCUCCCGUCUCGAAUGCUUAUAACGCAACGCUCGUAGCAGGAUGCAAUAAGAUCUUGGAUCCAUUCAACGGCUUCUGGGCGAGCGUCGGUUGGUGCUUGAUCCUAUUCAUACCAACGAUAGUGCUCUGCGUGAAGCUGAGCGCUUUGUACCAAAAGUCAGAUCCUUAUCCGGGGCCUCUUGUCGAAGCUGAAUAUUUGUAUGACGCGUACGCAGACAGGGAUAACAUACCCCUUGCCCACGUCCACGACAAGAAGCACGUCUCCCACGGUAGGCAUCAUCCCGCGGCGUACGUCGAGAGCUAUGAUGGUCCGGCGAUGGGAUACGGCGACCGGGAAAGGAUCUCCGACGCCCAUCAGAGCACGUCGCAUCAUGAUUCAAGAUAUUCCGACCUAGCGCCCAAUUUCACCCUAUCGUGGCGAAACCACGAACAUAUCGCCCCUUCAAAAACAGAACCUCACAGUAAAGUCUUUAGCGUAUCACUAGAGUCGCAAAAUUGGGACUUCCCCAACGGUGGUCCGCCAAGGUAUCAACCAGCUGCCGGGGCUCCGCCUCCUCUAAGUACCGAAUAUGAGCGACCACCGCCCUAUUACUAUCCUGGGCCAGGGGAUAGAAAUUAGGAAACAAGUGCCGUGGCAUGCACAAAAGCAGCGCUAAACAGUGUGGCGACGCACAGCCUCACGCGCAGCUACAAACGAACGCUCAAGAAGAAAGAGAAAUCCGGAUGUAAGAGGGACUACGUGUAAUACCACGCAUCUAUUCCCGAGCGUGCCACGGAUUGUGCGAACACCAAGACCAAGUUUAAUACAGACUGAAAUAGGCCAAUGAUCCUCUCGCGACAUUUCCUCCUUCUAUGGGGUGCAACUAACGUGUAAUCGACGUAAACGCGACGCGAAUUCUCCGUUUCGUUUAGCAUCGCUUAAGAAUUAAUACUCAUGUGUCUCCGCACUGCGGAAGAAACAUCGUACCGAAUUGAAUGCGGACUUUAGAGAAUGUUCAAGUCUCGCUGCUUCUCCCUUUCAAAACAAAUGACGCUCGGAUGUACGUACAGUGUGGCUCACUCCGACAUCCAUUUUCAUCUACUGAAUAUGGAUAUUGAAAUACUUGUAUGUCUUACGUCUCCCGUUAGUCAGAGUAACGAAUAGAAUAAAAAAAUUCGCUCGAGCGGGAGUCGAAAAGAGGACGAGACGAAAAAAAAUCCCCUUUAUUUAACAAUACGUAAAGACUGCGCGGCGCGAAGAACUGCGUAUAUCUAUCGAUCAAAUUAUCUAGCACAAAUUGUUAAUGCUGCCAAUUCAGCGUAUCGUUUUUCGGCGUGAGGUAUUUUUUUCAUCUUCACGUCGGACUGCUGAUCCACCAUUUUGAGCCACUGAGCAACGCCAUAUGAAAAUGCCAAACGAACACACAUGUGAUUUACAUGCAUUCAAAGGCACGCAUCAAGUGUCGCGCGGUUUAUCUUCGGAUCUCGCUCGUCUCUAGUUGAGGAGAGAAGAAUAUUGACUAUUCUUGUAUUCCGCUAGAUUUCCAUCUUGUAGGUGGAGGGAGAGAAAGAUAAAAUUUCCGAGUGGCGCGGCCGCUCUAUUAUAAAUACUCUAUGUACAUGGAUUUUUAAGUAGCCGUUUUCUUAUUACUCUAUCUUACUGUGUAACUUUCUAUUAUCGAUAUAAACUGAGAGAUGAUCCUUACGUCGCGCAGAUCGCGCCUGUACGUUUGCUUAAUUCAAUCUACGCGCUGUACGGAUCCUCCAAUGUAUUAUUGCAGCAUCCGUCGUCCCUCCAUUCGGAUACAGUAAUUUAUCGGAAAUGCAAAUGCAAAUGUUUCUCAUUCUCUGCAUGUUGUUAACUCGCAUAAAACAAAUCCAAGGAUAUACAUGGCAUAUUAUCAUUACGGAUAUCAUAAAUCAAUCAAGAAUUAUCUUAACCGUAUAUUUUUUUUCAUCUAAUCGAUAAUAAUAAUUCUUAAUGGCACUGUACCAUGUAGAUCUCCAUUAAAUCCAUUAAGUUCAAAAACUUUUAACUUUGAGGAAAGAGGAAAUAAUAUAUAAAUCAUUUGCUUCCUGCCACAGCGCACAUCAUCAUUUUCAAGAAAAAAAUCAAUCUGCUUAUUUAGAAGACUUGUCAUUUAAUAUAAAUUCACAUUCGAUAUUACUGCCAAAAACAAGAAUACUGCAUAAAAUUAUUGCUGUAACUGGAAGAUAAGGGAUGUUACGAAGGAUGCGAAAUGAUGAGUAGGACCGACACCGAGACACUUUGGCAACUGCUCUUGCACGUGUACAGAGCAAAAAUUAAUACUGAUAUAACUUCGUUGAAUUUACAUUUAGAUGUUGAACUUUGUGCUUAUCUGUGAAAUAAAUCAAACGCGACGUUAUUGCGCGACGUAAAGUCUUUUUUCGAGAUGCAUCGUAAGUUGAACUCGCCGAGCUUACACGUCGAAUUUAAUUCUUGAUACAACAUUUCUUAAAUGAACUUGUGUUUGUAAUAUUCCUGGUAGAAAACAUGUUUUUGUGAUAUAAAUCAUCUCUAGUGUUGUUUCAAAAUUUCCACUGACUGAAUUUCGUUUUAAUAUUCCUUGUUGCGCAAUAAAACACGCCGACUGUGUUGAGUAGCGCCGAGCAUGAUGGGGUGUUGGCAAUCAGAAUUGCCAAAAAAAAGUCAGUCACUCUUUUCCUUCGUGUAUCGUAUUGAAAUACGAAUGGGUGCAUGGAAAUCUCUAGAAUAUUUAGCGAGAGUGUGCGUGUGGUGAGGAGCAUAUGAGAUGACGAUAGAAGUGUACGAGUGAGCGCAAGCGUGCCUGAGAAAA